AUGCUCUCACUUCCGCUCGCGACCCUGUCAACGGCCCGGGACACCGACGCCAGUGAGCAACAGUUCAUCUGGCAAAAAGAGACGAGGGAUCUCACACUCGUUGUCGACAGCUACGGUUCACGCGAUGGCCUCCAGCUUAUGAAAGUGGUUCAAGGCUCACAGAUUCGGCAAACUAUCGAGAUUGAGAGACUGAUCAACGAGGGAAACAAUAUGACUCGUCUGUAUCAAGAACGUGGGGUGCAGAUACAGACCGACCAGCUCCCCAUUACUGCCAUUGUACGCUCCCCUCUGCUGGCCAUACGAUGGCAGCUGGCCAACAACAAGCUCCGGCGUGUCCAAAUGAGGUUCAAGUCAGACAGGGACUUCGACACUGUAUCUAACUACCUCCUUCAACUCGGCCUGCACAUGAGUGGAACGAAAGGAGCUCUGUCCAAGCCGAAGCUAACAGCUCCCUUACCAUCGCCAGCACAAGCAUCACCCUCCAGACCGAGUCCGAAAGCUAUUGCGUGUCCUGAGGAGCCUUCUAACAGAUCUCCCGCAGGCAGACUGUCGUGUCCUCCAUCGCGGCUAGCAGAGAUCUCAAGCCGUCCCUAUACUAGCCACAGUGCCUCCUCCAACACAGCUUCCCAGCUACAAGGAGGGACAUUCCCUCGUCCAGUAUCUGCCACUCCAGCAUACGCUAGAGAAUAUGUAGGCAUGUCGGCCUCCUUAUCAGGCCCUCUUGCUCCUCCUGUAUUGUUCGCCCGGCCUACCUCAGCUACCUCAGAUAUCUUAGGGCGUUCACAUCUUGACACCUCGCCUGCAUCAGAUCAGCAAAUGUCCGCCGUCGAAGGGACCCCUUAUUUGUCUACUGAGCGACCAGAUACUGCUAUGCUCUUCAACCGCCCUAGCAGCGCCAAUCGCCCUGACAGUGCCAACCGUCCCGGCACUGCUAAUCGUCCCGAUAGCGCUGAGACACCACCGCCUAGACGUGAGCUCCCGUUUCCCCGUCUGUCGUCACCUCGCUCCUCGGGCAGUGACAGUGUGCGACCAUCCACUGGUACGAUGGGACCGCCUCCUCUACCGUCUCGCGCAGCCAGUGGCCGACCCAGUUCCAGCCGAAGCGCAAUGAGCAAGGAGAUUGAACUUCCCCCCUUACCUCAGCCAACUGUUGUCAGCAAGACCGUACGUGGAGACAAAGCAAUGCAGCAGCCUCGUACACCAAACCAAGAUCACUUUAGUCCUCUGCGCGCGAAGACGUCUCCGCACGAAAGUGUCGAGAAUCGGUCGCCUUUGACCUCGUCUCCCAUGUCUUCUCCGCUGUCAUUCAAAAAGCUGAGCUCGACUACUCUACCAACUCCGCUCGGUACGCUCAGCAAUGCUGCUCAGAAUACUCACCAUACUAUAAUUCAGAGUGCUCCGAUUACACCACCUAAAUCUGUCACUGGCCGUCGUAGUGGAACAAACGAGACCGAUGGUCUGGCAGCGUAUGCAAUGCAGUCUGACGAGGAACGUAGAGCAGUGCUCAAUGAGUUCGUCUUCCGCCAACUAGAGAGCGACGACUUCCUUACUCUCGUUCAAGACAUGGAGACAGCAUGGGCCAGGGUCGCAAUGGGUAUGUAA